AUGAUGGCGUCCCCUCCACCGCCGAAAAGAUACAAGUCUGAGUCGACGUCGGCGAGUGAUGCUGGUCGCCCGAAGUACUAUCACUCCUCGGUGCCGUCAAGCGAACGGUACCAUUCCUCGUCGGUUCCCGCCAGUGAACGGGCUCGGUCCCGGCAAACCUCGACGGCCAUGGAUAUCUAUAUGAUCACCGACCGAAAUCCUUCGGACAAGGAUGGGGAUCGAAGGGUGGGCCGUUUCCUGAGCAAUGGCUCGGUCGCAUCGCAUUCGUCCCAGAUCUCUCAUGCGUCUGGCUCGUCACCACCCAUCAUCAUCUCCAACCGCAAGAUCCCUGAAAAAUACCCACCGUAUAAAGAGAAUGGUCGCAUGUAUCACGGAUACCGCAAAGGCACUUACAUGCUACCAUGUGACGACGAAGAACAAGACCGCCUUGAUAUCUUCCACAAGCUAUUCACGGUCGCCCGAGUAUCAGACGGCUUAAUAUACGCCCCACACCCCAGCAACUCGCGCAUUCUAGACUUGGGUUGUGGAACCGGAAUCUGGAGCAUUGAAGUGGCCAACAAAUACCCCGAUUCAUUUGUGGUCGGCGUAGACCUCGCACCGGUCCAACCACAAAACCACCCCAAGAACUGUGACUUCUAUGCCCCGUUCGAUUUCGAAGGUCCUUGGGCCCUGGGUGAGGAUUCCUGGGAUCUGAUCCACAUGCAGAUGGGGAGCGGCAGCGUUGUCAGCUGGCCCGGCCUGUACAGGCGGGUAUUCGCACACCUUCGCCCGGGCGCAUGGUUUGAACAGGUAGAGAUUGACUUCGAGCCGCGUUGCGAUGACCGGUCGCUGAGCAACCUCGCCCUUCGCCACUGGUACACGGCCUUGAAGCGUGCAACGGAAUCAACGAUGCGCCCUCUGGCCCAUAGCUCCCGCGAGACGAUUCGCAAUCUGCAAGAAGCUGGCUUCACCGAGAUCGAUCACCAGAUGGUGGGCCUGCCAUUGAAUCCAUGGCACAACGACGAGCACGAGCGCAAGGUCGCCAGCUGGUACAACCUCGCCAUCUCUGAGAGCAUCGAGGCCCUCAGUCUAGCGCCUUUUCACCGCGUGUACGGCUGGCCGAUUGAUAAAAUUCAGCGCCUGGCGACAGAUGUUAAGACCGAGGCGUUCAACAAGGACAUCCGCUGCUAUAAUAUCCUGCACAUUUACCAGGCGCGCAAGCCAGUGGCUAAGUAG